AUGGCAAACUUCCAAGACCCGAUUCUUUUGCUCAGAGAUUACAUCAUGAACAACAAGAAAAUUGAUUUCGUCGGAGGAAAGCUUUAUUUUGGCAACCUUGAAGUCCCUCUUUCCCACCCGACAGCGUGAAAGCCAAAAACAACAAAACAAUACACCAUCGGUUCUCUGUGGUUCUACUUACAAAACUCUGACAAAGACUACAAAACCUACAUCAAGGACUGUGGAAAAAUGGGCGUAGAUCUAGUUUCUAGGCCCGAUAUGCCUGAAAUUAUUUCUUACUUCAAAGGGGAAUCUGAUACAUCAGAAGCCAUUGACGAAGAACUAAGAGCAAGCACCCUUAUCAAAAAAACAAGCAGAGAGGAGGUAAAAGAAGAAAGGCGUGCUGCAGCUAGAGAAACAUUGGAGCGGCCUUUGUGUACUAAAGAAAGCAUUUUACAGACCCCAAAUGUAAGUUAUAAAUACCUGCUGACGUAUUGUAAUGAGUCAAUGAAAAACAGAAAGCGGCAGAGAGAGUCAAGCAAUUUAUCAUUUUUAGAGGAGGUGUUAAAGCUGCCACAUAAGUCACAAGAUAUACCACCACACCCAAUUAUUUUGGUUCCUUCUAAUCAAAGUCCAGGGAAUUUGUGCUUGCAUAAUGCUCUGCAGUUUUUAGAUAAAGGAAUUUAUAUGGAAGAUAUUCAGGAUUAUGCUAUAAUGCAAUAGGUGAGUAAUUUAUUUUUAAAAAAAAAAAUUAUUUUUUAAUAAUAAAUAAAUUUGUCUAAAAUUAAUAUUUUUUUUAAUUUAAAAAUAAAAAAGAGCCAAUGCAACCUGUAAUGUUGACAAGAAAAGUCAGGGAUAAAAUUGUUAAUUUUGAAAUAUACGACCAAACAUUGACGUUUAAUAAAAAUCACUGGAGAAGGGUUGCAGCGGUUUUUGUGCAAGGACCAAGAUAUCAAUUCAAAGAUUGGCCUUUGGGAAAUGACUUGGUUCAGCUGUUCUUGUCAGUUCGUGGAUUUUAUAUGAAAUAUCAUGAUGUCCCUGCAGAUGAAAAUGUGAAAAAAUGGAAUGUAAAGCAACUGCUGAUUAAUAGAAACAAAAGACAUAUGGAUCGUACAAUUCAGAAUGAGUUUUGGGCUGAAUUUGAGAAAUUCUUGUUUUCACCGAGAUAUAAUAAAUCUAGAUAA